CCUGCAGACUGAUGGAAACCUGAUCAGUAAAAGCUCCAACAACACCUUCCACAUGGUCGUCUCGCGGGACUGCCUCCAGUUUGUUCAGGAUUUCAUCAGGUAUUUUUACACCAGGAAGCUGUAUAUUAAGCUAUUGUCCGUCAAGUGCCUCCACAACAUGGCGUCCAAUUACGGUGUGACUGCGAUUCGUGAUUACUGCGACAAACUGUUCUACAAACUGCUGCCCCAGGACCCUUCCUUCAAACACCAGCUGGAGCUGUACCAGUACGCUGGGCUGGUGAACGAUCUCUACCUGCAGGCAAUCUGCCUGCAGUACUUUGCUUGGCACUGUGAGGCCUUCAGUAGGUCUGACGUGUGGAACCAAAUGUCUGCAGCUGAGCUGGACGCACUGCUGCAGAGAUCUGACCUGGUUAUUCAGGAUGAGUUCACCCUGUUCCAGGCUGUCGAGGCCUGGAUAGUUUCUAAUGAACAGACAGCGUUAACUGACCAGUUAAUGGGGAAUAUUCGGUUCCAUAUGAUGACCCCAGAAAUAUUGAUUUCCAUCCCCAUUAACUCAAGCCUCUACCAGCUUUCCCAAAAUACCUUCAUCCCAAAACUCCUGCAAGCAUUUGAAUUCCAUUCUGUUCCUGUGCAAAAGUUAAAAUAUUACAGAAAUAUCUCGGAUCCUCAGUACCAUCCCAGAACCUACACUUCAUCAGAUUGGAGCACCAUUCUGCCCAUCACCUCCUCUCAUGAAACCUCGCGCAAGUCUCUCUUUGUGAGUCAAGCUCCGUACUUCGGGAGGAGUGCGUGGUACGAUCAUAGCUACAAUCCCAAUUACUCCUCCCCCAGCUCCAUCUUUCAGACACCUGAGCACAUGAGCCAGCUGUACAGCUCCCGGAAGCUCUCCUGGUCAGCUUGGUAUCACAAGAGUGCUCUGAGGUGUCGAAACAGUAAUGUCAUCUGUCCCUACGACACUUACCCAGUGGCUGCACUAACCACUGCCUCCUACAGCAUUCCAGCAUCCAUUACAUACCACAACAGAGUGCUCUUACUCUGUGAUGAUCACCGCAUUGCCUUUGUUCAGGAUAUGAAGAACUCCACAGCGGUAAUCCCCUCACUCAAUACUACCGGCCUUUUCCUAUUCCCUUGUAACACAGGAGUGACUUCCAUUAGCUUUGUGGUCAGGCCAAUUUAUAUCUGACACUUCUGGGCCACCCAGAUGUACCAUUCCAUUGGUCAGACCCUCCGGAGAUCGACCUGCACACAACAUUCCUCUGUUCUCAUGAGAAAUUCUCCUGAUUCUGCCCAGAAUGGACCCACAUUUAUUUCCGUUAAUGUCUGACCUGUGGAGAGAAGCUGUCACAGGUGGUUUUAGAGGGUUUCUUUGUAAGUUUACACUCAAACUAUUCUUGCUUCCUUAGUCUAUCUUUGCUGUGUUGGAAAAUCCUCCCAGUCCUCAGGUUCACAGCCACUUCUGGUAAAUUUAUUGGCAGUUUCUUUAAUCCUUCGAGAGUCCUUAUCUCCGUUUUUCAGGUGUAGUUGGUUGUUGUUCUUUGAGGUUGACAGCCCUGAAUGAAGGUGGACUUGCUGUAAACUGUAAUUGUUUUCAAAGAGUGUCCACUUCCAAUGUACCAUCGUAUCUUCGAGUAAAUUGGUCCAAUCCAUUAACCCUCUCCAUUAUUUAAAAAUUGCCAUACCUCCGGUCACUGGCCCCAAAGUGCUCCCCCACUGUCACCUCCAUCACCUGUCCUGCCCUGUUUCCCAAGCCGAAGGUCGGCUGAUGCCCUUCCCCAGUGGGACCCUCUAUACUCUAGAAUACAGAACAUGGAAGGUUUAAAUGGAGGGGUGAUGGAUAUAGGACAGAUGUCAGAGGUAGUUUCUUUACCCAGAGAGUAGUAGGGG